CUCGACCUCUAACAUUUAGUCAGGCUACGUGUAACUCGAACUCUAUGUUUAAAUUACAACUUAGAAAUGGCAGCCAGGCCAGGUAACCUUGACCGUGGGUGGAAUGAUCCCCCCAUGUUUGGGUUUGAAGCACCCAUCACUACCACAACACCUCGACGAAACAUGCUGAAUAAGCGAGUUGCAUAUCCACUGAGUUCCAAUUCAAACUCCAAUGCAACAGUUUCACCACCAGCAAACGUGCUAAACCCAGCUGAAGGUCCUCCCAAGCUUGCGAAUGUGCAGAUCCUGCCGCCUGCUGAGAAUACUUCCACCCCCGAACCUCUCCCGGUUGUUAUACCGACCCUGUUACCCAACCCCAAGGAGGAUUUGGUGGUCCACCCCGGUGUGGCUGUCCGUCAGCCAGUGUGUGAAACAAUGAACAGUGUUCAGCAGCGGCUCGGGGUCAGCAGUGAGACUGAACUUAGUGAAUACAUUGACGACGGACUAAAACAUUGUAUAGAAAGGUGUAGAGAUAGACUACAGGUACGGACAUUAGAAGACAUCACCAAAAGAAUAACAGUUAUGCAGGAAAUGUGGGCAGCAGGCAGUUUAUCAGAAACUGUCAAAGCUCAUCUAGGCUGCCUUACUAAAGCUUUGAAGGAUGAGGAUUUCACAGAAGCACAACGACUUCACCAGGUGCUGAUGGUGGAUCACAUUGCUGAGGUUAAUCAGUGGAUGGUCGGGAUUAAGAAACUUAUUCAUGAAGUACAACUUUUGAAAGAAAACUCUGAAACAUCGCAACCAUCCAACAGUAAUGAAGACAGUGUUCCCGGUAUUACACUUAUACCUUCUGGCGUUCAAGCAGCCGACUCUGAAAAGUGAAUCACAACAAUCAUGAAUCAGACAAAACAUUUCUUUAAAACUCUCAGCAGAUUCAGAUUUUUAUUUAUAGUGGUGUUCGUGUGAACACCUGUUGUGAAAAAUAGAAAUAAUGAAGAUGAAUAAUUCAUAAAAUUUAUGAGAGCAGUUUCUGCUUUGAAUGGAAUUUUCUGACAUAGCAUUAUGCUUUGGUGAGUUCUUUUGCUACAGGGUAAGGGAAUUUUUUAGGUUUUUUUUUUUUUUUUUUAAAAGAAAGAAAAAUAAGAAAAUAAAAUAAAAGAAAAAUGAGUUGGCUAAAAGAAUAUAUUACUUGCUAUCAUUUGGACAUGUACAGUUAAUUACUAGAAACAAAGAUGAAGAUCUUCAUGUUUUUUUCUCUCCAGAAUUCUAGAUUGUAAUACUGUUCCAAAACUGUCCCUGAAAAUCACAUAGUAACCAGGGCUGUAGCUGUGUGUGUGUGUGUGUGUGUGUGUGUGUGUGUGUGUGUGUGUGUGUGUGUGUGUGUGUGUGUCAGUCAUAGAAACUUAAAGAAAAUUCUCUUCUUAACCGUUUAAAGAGUUUUAGACUAUUAACUACUCCGUUGCCCCCCCAAAACAGAAAGUCCUAGCUAUGGCCCUGGUAAUCCAGAGUAAUCAAGACUCAAUUUGUUUCCUAUUUCAUUGUCAUCUCUGUGAGAUUGACAUACAAAUUGAGUUUGUCUGUCUCUGUGAUAUACUUAUAUUUGCGAUUACCACCUGAUAUUCCCAGUCUUCUGACUUCUAAAUGGUUGAAUAUGAACCACAGUAACUGGUGUAUUUUGUGAACAUAUCACUUGUUGGGGUUUUUGUUUGUGGUUUUUUUAAACUUUGUUAUGUUUUGUUUGGUUAAGAAAAGCUUCAGUUGCUAACAAUUUUUAUUUGAUCCAGUUUAGAUCCUUUUCAUGCAAAUAGUAAUAUAAAAUAUAUUACUGAGGAUCUUCCCUUGAGUUCCACUCAAGAGGCUGGAUAUGGUGUUUGAAAGCCCUAGCUUUUGAUAUCUGUAAUAGAGUCAAACUUCAUUAUUUCGAUUUCUGUAAUCUUGAGAUACUAGAAUACCUUGAGGUGGAGUCCUAUGGCACAAUUCUCACCAACAAUUAUGCUUAUCUCAAGCUUUUUGAUUUGAUCCCUGCACUAUCUAAAUAAAUUUCUUUUUUACUGUAAUGCAAUUACAGCUUAAACAAAUUCAUGUGUUUGCACUAUGAACAAACAUGAAUUGCUUUAACAGGCCUCAAUUUGGCAAAUUAGAGGUCAAGGCCAUUUGACUUAGACUGAUUGUGUUUGAGUAUGAUGACCAAUUAGUAAUUGCAAAAUAAUUUUCAGGGCAUUGGGGCAUAUUGCUAAGGCACUGGGGCAGUUUGCCACAUGGCUGCCAUUAAAUUCAAGUCCUGCAUUAAUGUAACAAAGUCUUGUCACCAUUUGUAACAUAUUGUGCAAAUCAACAAGUCAGAUGCAAGACAGGGCUGUAAUAAACAUACAAAAUGUUCUACCCCGAAAACAAGUGGGUUUUUUUAUAAACAUGGCAUCAAAGUACAUAUAUAAACUUGUGCAGUGAAACUCCCCUAAACCGGACACCCUCAGGACCAAGUAAAAAGUCCAGUUAAAGAGGUAUUUGGUUUAGAGAGGUUCCCUUCUAUACUGAUAUUUAAAAAGGGUCCAUGAAAAAUGUCCCGUUUUGAGAGAAUUCCGCUUUACAGAGGGUCCGGUUGAUGAAUUUUAACAUGAACGCUAUGGCACAAAUGUUAUGGAAUUAUUUUAACAAAAAGCUGAAAUAGAUUGUUUCUAUGGCAUCUCUAUGCCCUGAAGUUGAGUUGAAAAUAUUUGAAUUUUGAAAUAGCCUUCUGUAAGCUCUGAAGACUGAUGAUCAAUAUUGGAGAGAGUCCUAGGACGUAGAAAUUUUAACUUUUGUUUGUAUUGGGAUGUUGAAACACAAGUUUACCUGGAUGCAGAAGGUUCUAAUUCUCUAAGUUUUGUAUGGUGCUUAUUUACCUUACUUUUCCUAACCAUCAAAUAGAUAUGUAUUUGUGUUUGAUGAUGAUAUUAUAGCCCAAAAUACAGUCAACAAUUAUUUAAUAACAUGGUGACAUCAAUAAGUUUUGUAUAUUCAUUUUUUUUAAAUCUGAAUUGAAAUACCUGUAUGUUUAUAACAUUCUGCAAACUGUUCUGGCAAGGUUUGUUUGACUUCAUUCAAUCAUAUGAUACGACGUUAAACAAUUGUCAAUAAGUAAAUAAUAUAUAUAUGUUAAUGAUAAAAUUAAAUUUGUGACACUCUAGGUCAUUUUGUAAUUAUUUUCACAUACAAUAAUAACUUUUUUUAAUGAAUAAUUAUUUAUCUCCACAGUAGAAGUCUAAUAAGAAUUCAUUCACUUGGACAAAUAAUAAUUAAUUGACAUAUUUCAGUGUCAAAUGAAAGCAGUACUGUACAGGUCUUGUCUGAGGGUUUUCGUUUUUUUUUUAAUUGUGACAGGUGCUUUUUUCUUGUCAUCAUCCAUGCCACACAUCUGCUAUUUCAAUUUCUUAUUCUAUAUGAUAAUUUUUCUGGGUUUUUUACAUCCCGAACAAUAACCUGUUUUAGUCUAUGAUAAUUGACCUAAAAUGAAUCGACAUCAAGCAUGGUUAAAUUGUCCUUGGGUCUGAAAGGUGUUUGAGAAAUGAUUUUUUGUUUAAUUGAAUGAACAAAAAUCUAAAUCUUGCAUUUGUCAGUUACCACAAGUCUUUAAAAAUGUGAUAUAUUUAGGUUAUGUUUUUUCAAGCCAGAAGAACAAGACUUUGUAGAUGAGGCAAUUUUAUUGAUAAACAUUAGAUUGGACAAUAUGAUUGUAUUAUUGCCUGUUAGAACUAUAUAAAUUUACUAUGUCGAUGGGACUUCUAAUUUGGUAAUUAAAUGAGAGUGGUUGAAAUAUUUGUAUUACGAUCAAAAUGGAUUUUUACAUGGUUUAAUAUUUGUGGGGUUUUGGGUGGGUUUUUUUACUAUUUAAACCCUCCCACCCAGAAACAUAAAAUAUGGGUAUUCAAUUUAUUGUAUUAACCAUGGGGUAUAAAACUAUUAUGUGGUGGAAAGAAAUUAGUCUUUAAAGAAACAUUUAGUCAACAAAGGGUUUGAAGUCAACUGAGAUACGACCAUGAAAUCCAUCAUCUUUGCAAGCCUAGAAACCUAUUCUGUACCGAUAGUCCCAUAUAUAUAUGAAAUAUUGGUACGGUCCAUAUAUAUGGAGUAUUGGUAUGGAAUAAGACCCUUUGUUUGCUGAGAUAGGUAUCACCUGCAUAACACAGUUACCUUACCGACUGGGAAGCAGAUUGAACAAAUCCACACUAAACUGGAACUAAGAAAUAAUGGGCCAUUUCUAAUUAUCAGUAUUUCUUGUUUUGCUAUCCCCCUUCCUUUCUUACAAGUGUAUAUAAAAAUGUAGAUUUUGCUAGAUAAAUUUUGUUUCUUUUAAAAUCAUAGGCUGACAUUUAUCUCCCUUCCAUUCCACCAACUCUAACCCCCACCUCCCUUUAGUAUUUGGUUUGUAUGCUGCAAGGUUGAAAAUUAUGAUAGUCUUAAAUUCCAACAAAUAAACUUUAAACUAAAUAGUUUGAUGCCCAAGAACCAAAACGUUUAUUUUGAUCUUAUUUUAGUGUGGGUUAUUCUAGUCAUUGGUGUUAUGUUAAUUUAUCCAUUUUAUAAAUGGAGGUAAUGUGGUAAAAUAAUAAUGUAUUGCAAUACCCUGAAUUCCAAGUUGUUUUUUUAUACCUAGGUAAUGGAUCAUUCAGUUAAAUGAAUUACACUAGGCACGACUAACACAAACUGAAUGAUUCUUUGCUUAAAACUGAUUAAUUAUAUUUUGUACAAAAAACAACGAAUAAGCCUCAUUUCAUGUAAUAAAAUACAAUACAAUGCAAUAAAAUAAACACUAAUAAGAAACUUUGGGAAAAAAUCUCGAAAGAUAAUAAUUUUGAUUUGGAAAAAUAUGAACUUCUUUUAAUAAUACAAAUUUUUUAAAUGUUUGCUUUGAUGUAGUUACAUAUCAUUUUAAGAUGAAGAAAAAUGAUGAGUUUCGUUCUUUUUGAAAAACAACAAUUGUUAUUACAUUAACUAGUAUGGUACAUGUACCUACAUGUAUUUAAAUAUUAUGGGAAUUAGGUUUUAUAUUAACACAUAUAUCCAGACUAUACUGACAUCCAAAAGAAAUUUUACAAGGCUUGAAAUUGUAUUAUAGAAAACCAACAAAUGGUAAUGGUAGGAUAUGAAAGUAUCAUGAAGUUCAACAUCUAAAGGUCACAAUGAUACAUGUAAGG